AUGCGAGGAAACGAGUUAUGGCUAGGAUUUUCCAAAGAGAUAGCAAUUCUAUCAAGACUUCAGCGUUUUCCGUAUCCGCCGUACACGAAUAAGAUCAUUGAAUUGGGUUCGUUUUUUCUGCCUACCAUCGUUGCAUACUCGUUUAUGAUCAAUGUUGUCUACAUUACACGCAGCAUUGUGGUCGAAAAAGAAACACAACUUAAGUCUUAUAUGAAAGUGAUGGGUCUAUCGCAAUGGCUGCUUUGGGUUUCAUAUUUGAUCAGUAAUUUCAUCAAGCUCUUCGUCACCGUUGUGGUACUAUCUUCACUUUACUACGUCGUAACGCCGAAAAGCGACCCAACCGUUGCAUUGGUUUUUUUCACCCUCUACGCUGUCAAUGUUAUUUAUGUCGGCUUUGCUAUUUCGGUCUUCCUGGAUUCUGGUGCUGCUGCGAUGCAAAUAGUACCAUUCGUUUGGGUGGUGCUUUACGCUUGGCAACUUUUGUUCGCUGUGAAGGAUUUGCUUUCUUCAUUCCCAAAAUCCGUACGAUUGUUAAAUUCACUGAAUCCGGAUAUUGCUCUUGCAUACGGACUUGGUUUCAUGUGCCAAUAUGAAACAGUGGGCAAGUUUUUGUUUGUUUUUAAUUCCUUGUGA